AUGAAAAUUAUACAAGAUUUAACUAUGAAGAAUAAGCAGAAACACAGAAUGGUUGAAGUGAGAUCAAUAAGGAUAUUCAUAGUUGGAAGAUACACUCCGUUACAAAAGUUUGUGGACAGCCAUAAACUUCUUGGUAUACUCUCUUUUACGGCUAUUAUGUUACAGGAUACACUUUUACGUUACUCUUUGCUGUUUCUUUUUAUCUGA